UGCAAUCCUGAUGCAUGCAGUAGCACUAGGAGGCCCCGGCGGCGGCAAGAUGGGCCCCUCUAUAGGAGCCGGCCCUACUUCCUCUGUUGCCCCCGAUUCGGGAGUUCUAUCCUACUUCCCUGAGUGGCUCUCAUCGAACCCGUAUUUUGGUGCUGGUUUCGGCCUAGUGGGCGUAGGCGCCGUUAUGGGCCUCCUGAGGAGCUCCACAACGAGCCUGCAGACAGUGUUCCGUCGGCGAGCGCUAUGUUCGCUGGAAAUUCCUAGUAAGGACUACUCCUACCAGUGGGUCAUGCAGUGGCUUGUGGCCAACAACGGCAACUAUACUCAGCAUAUAGGAGUCGAGACGAACCACUGUAAAGAUAUGGCCGGCCGGAUGACGACGUCGUUUGAUUUCAUCCCUAGUACUGGUCGGCACUUUAUGAAGUUUAAUGGUGCCUGGAUGUUGGUGGAACGCGAAAGGAACAACUCGACGGUGGACAUUACUACCGGCUCUCCUUGGGAGACUCUCACACUCACUACGCUGGCAUGGAACGUUGGGAAAUUUGAAGAGCUCCUCGUGGAGGCCCAGUGUAUGGCGGCGAACAGGGAAGAGGGCAAGACGGUCAUAUACAAUGCUACUGGUCAUGAAUGGCGUCCCUUUGGGAACCCCAAAACUGUACGGCCAUUCGAAUCAGUGAUCCUGGACGGCGCAGCUGCUGAGACCAUCGCCUCAGACGUGAAGGAGUUCCUCUCCACUGGCACCUGGUACCUACAGCGUGGUAUCCCCUAUCGUAGGGGCUACCUAUUUUAUGGCCCUCCGGGGUGCGGGAAAACUAGCUAUAUAAUGGCAUUGGCUGGCCACAUACAGUACAAUAUAGCGGUUCUUAACCUCGGCGAUCCCACUAUGUCCGAUGACCGUCUUCAGCGCCUUCUAGCCACGGUCCCUCCCAAAUGCCUUAUCCUUCUCGAAGAUGUCGAUUGUGUUUUACCGGAGUACGAGCCUUCUGAAAAACCACAAGACCCCCGACGCCAGGGCAUACGUCCUAUGACCUUUUCUGGUCUCCUUAACGCCUUGGACGGUGUGGGGUCUACUGAGGAGCGCCUCGUUUUCAUGACUACCAAUAGGCCCUCUUUCCUCCCGCCAGUUUUGGUCCGUCCAGGUAGAGUGGACGUAAAAGUCCACGUCGGCCUGGCGACUCGUGAGCAGAUGCAGCGAAUGUUUAUGCGAUUCUACCCUGACUCGACUGAAUGGGCGGAGGAAUUCGCGCGGAAACUCGAGGGGACGCCAUUGUCGCUAGCAGACAUACAGGGGUAUUUCCUUUUCUUCAAGAAUGACCCGGAAGGAUGUCUGGAGAAUGUCGGGGAAUUCGCCGAGCGUGUUAAGAGCCAACGGUCUGGCUUGGAAGAAGAAGAUCGAAACACGUCCUCAUCCAUCCUUACCAAGCGAGAUGAGAGACCUUCUUCUGACGGUGCCACAGAGGAAGCUCGAGAUGCCUCGACUAGCAUGUCUGCCUCUGCUGGAUAGUCCUCCAUGGAUUGUGUGUGUAUUCGACCGUUUCUGGUACGCUUAGAUAUGACUAAAGUUAAUUCAGUUUGGGUAGCAAGAGGUUGUUUGCUACGAUCAUCAUCAGUGCCGUCGUGAUGUUCUCUGUACUUUCAAACACUGAGGGGGUUAUUGG